UAUGGAGGGGAGAAGGAACUGCCCAAGAUCCAAAGCAUACCACCUCAUCUGUGAAACACGGUGGUGGGGGUGUUAUGGCCUGGGCAUGUAUGGCUGCUGAAGGUACUGGCUCACUUAUCUUCAUUGAUGAUCCAAAUGCUGAUGGUAGUAGUAUAUGAAUUCUGAGGUGUAUGGACACUUCCUAUCUGCUCAAGUUCAAACAAAUGCCUCAAAACUCAUUGGCCGGUGGUUCAUUCUACAGCAAGACAAUGAUCCCAAGCAUACUGCUAAAGCAACAAAGGGUUUUUCAAAGCUAAAAAAUGGUCAAUUCUUGAUUGGCCAAGUCAAUCACCCGAUCUGAAUCCAAUUGAGCGAGCCUUUUAUAUGCUGAUAAGAAAACUGGGGGACUAGCCCCCAAAACAAGCAUAAGCUAAAGAUGGCUGCAAUACAGGCCUGGCAGAGCAUCACCAGAGAAGACACCCAGCAACUGGUGAUGUCCAUGAAUCGCAGACUUCAAGCAGUCAUUGCAUGCAAAGGAUAUGUAACAAAAUACUAAACAUGACUACUUUCAUUUCCAUGACAUUGCUGUGUCCCAAACAUUAUGGUGCCCUGAAAUGGGGGGGACUAUGUAUAAACACAGCUGUAAUUUCUCCAUGCUGCAACCAAAAUGUGUAAAAAUGGCCUUUAUUAAAAUCUGACAAUGUGCACUUUAACCACGUGUGAUUUUUUAUUCUGUUACAAAUCUCAAAUUGUGGAGUACAGAGACAAAUAAAUAAAUGAUGGGUCUUUGUCCCAAACAUUAUGGAGGGCACUGUAUUAAUGCGUAAGGACAAAUUUGACUGUUUUGCAGUUCACGACAGGAAUAAUAACGUUAUUGUUCCAUGCUGUGGGAUAGAGGGUAUAACGGUAUAAGCCGUUAUAUCCAAUGUCAGUCCUAUUUAUAAGGGAAACAAGUCUCUCGGUGAAUCUAAAUGUUUAAAUCCGGCUUAUUCUUUCCAAAUUGACCCAAUUUUAGUGGCUCCAUGCCAAUAACAUUCUUGAACAAAUCAGCUUCUAUUGGCAAGUUGUGGAGCAAGGUCAGAAAUUCUCAUCUCCUGUUCCUUUUUGGGAAGAGGCGGUGUUGUGCCCUUUAAACCGAGGGCGGCCAGCCUGCGUGACUGAGUGGAUUCUCGGAGAUUCUUUCUUUCCUAAAUGAUAAACCAAGGCACGUGACUGAAAGUUGGCAAGCGCUUUCCACGAAGAAAAUACUCAUGACAAAGUGAAACUGCCAAGACCGCUUUUAGUUUUACAAUUACACCACCGCGAGAGAGUUUGGAUGAGCAGUGAUCGAUGGCAGUCGGCGCGCUGAACUUCUGUCCCACUACAUGACAUGUCCCGGCUCUCGACACCAGUUCCAAUGGGAACUCCGGCCUCUUGAAAGCAUGCGACGCUGAACCCUCUCCUUUUGCAAUCGCUUAACUGCUGUGUUUACAAACACGUCUGAUUAUUUGUGUGCCAUGUCUGGGUUAGAGUCUGUAGAGUUCCUCGCUCACAGUUCAGCCAACUGCAGCGACACGGACCAGGCGUCUCAGGGCUGUGGGACGGAGAAGAAGAAACUUCGAAGAAGGGAAAAAAACAGAAUUGCUGCGCAAAGAAGUCGGAAGAAGCAGACCUUGAAGGCAGACGAACUACACGAGGAAUACGAAGGGCUGGAACAGGAAAACAUUGCUCUAAAAAGGGAAAUAAGGAAACUUAGUGAAGAAGUGAAACAUUUAUCAGAUGCUUUGAAAGAUCAUGAAGGAGUAUGUCCAAUGAUACACUGUACCAUGAACUUUGUCACAUCACCAAGACCUCACUCUAAUGUCAUCACCAGCUGUCUAUCAUGCGAAGGCCAAAGUGGAGUCUCAUAGAUGAUUUAAGCAUUGAAUUUUUAAAUUUGAUGUUUCUUUUAAUGAAAAAAUUGGACCUAUAGUUUAAUUUUUAAAUGUUUCUGAUUCUUGUAUGCAACCUGGAGAGUCCCGAGAACAUUAUGCAUGGACCAUAUCGUGACCCACAUGAUGCUGCUAAGGCCCCGUGUAUUGUUUGACCAAGUAUAAGGAUAUAGACGUUGUAAGUUUAUUAUUCCGCGAGUACAUUCUGCUCAGUUUAAACUCUACCUGUUGAACAGGAAGGAAGAUUCUGAAAAUGUACAGCUUUUUAUUUUGGACAGUUUUAAUGAUACAUUUCUCACAAAUCAAAUUCGCUAUUCCCAAAAUGUUCAUCAAUUAUCUGACUGAAACAUGAUACAUUGAGACCACUAGUUCACAGAGAUCUUAAUUUGAAGCAUGUGUAUUCAGAAGGAGACCAAGAAACAGCAGUAAUUAGGUGCACCAUAUAAUAAGAACUUUGUUGAUUACAAAGUCGGCUUUCUGAAGGAAAUCAUUCUAAUAUUUGUUUAUUUAUGUAGUGGUCAACUUGAAAGAUUGUUCUUCCUCAUUAGCUAAUUGGUCAAUAUCAUAUUGUUACUUUAAGUAGCAUAGUAUUGCUCAGUCUACAGUGCAACACUGAUAACUGAACAGUUACAUUUUGUGACCCUCUGCUUUUGGAGCCUUAUGGUGUUUCAGUUCCUGUAAAACAUGAGGGAAGCAAGCCAUAAGGAUCCUGCACUGAAUGAAGUAAUGACAGAGCUGUCUCUAUACAGCCGAGAAUUAUUCAGUUUUUAUUUCAUCAGAGAUGUUAGUACGGAGCAUCCCAUCAAUAACUCUGAGAAGUGAUGCUACCUUUGUGUGAAGUAAAUUAUUUCCUUCGAUUGGUUUACUUUCUGACUUAAAUGGACUCUUUUCAUCUUGCUUUUUACUCUAAAGUCUGACAUUACUGGAAGCAUGUGAGCCUGAUGUCAUGUUGUGUUAUUACCAUUGAAUGACCUUACAUGAUGAUCCACCAAUGUCCUAGAAACUUGCCAUUAUUCAGUUGUCCUGUAAUGAACUACACAACACCCAGUCCCCACCCUAAUGUGAUAACCCAUUAGUCAUUUAAAACAUUCCUGUACUAUUUAAUGUAAAUCAGGUGACACUUCUGUUUUCAAAGUAACACAAUGAAAUUCAAAUGAGUUAAUGAAGUGUUCACACAAUGGUAUUUAGAUUCAUGGAGCUGGCCAAGUUGGCAUUCUAGCCUAGUACCAUUGCCUGCAUUUAGCUCACAUCCUCAGGACUCUUCCUAUCCAUAUAUUUGAAUUUUGAAAGUUGUAAUUAUAUCCACUUCAAUAGCUGCCUCUUGCAACUCAGUCCAGACACAGACUACCGUUUGAGUGAAAAAGUUGCUCCGGAGGUCUCUCUUCAAACUCUCCCAACUCAACUUAAGCCUAUGCCCUCUAGUUUUUGAAUCCGCUUCUCUGGAAUAAAGGACUGUGAGGGUUCACUUUAUCCAUCCCCGUCAUGAUUUUGUGCACUUCAAUAAGGUCCUCCAAUGCUCCAAAUAAAAAAAGUCCAAGCAUAUCCAACCUUUCCCUAUAACCCAUGCCAGGUAAUCUCCUAGUCAAUCUCGUUUGCAUCUCAAUGAUAUCUUUUCUAUAGCUAGGCGACCGGAACAGUACACAGUAAUCGAAGUGGUCUCACCACCAACUUGUACACCUAUACCAUGAUGUCCCAGGGCCUGAGUGAUUAGCAGAUCCAUACCAUAGAAACUGUUAUGUUUCAAUUGAUGGUUUAAGAUUUGAAAAUAUUUAACAUGCGUGAAUUUUUAUUGUGACCUUCUUCAGAUUACAUUGAAUUCUGUGGGUUUUUUAAUGACUGUAUACUACGUAAUGACCUCAUGACCUUUUUAAAUUAAAAACCGGAAAAAGUAUUGAUAUGGCUCAGCUGCUUCCAAUCAACAUGUUAGCAAGUGUUUAAAUGAUACGAAAAACUGUUACAGUGAACUGACAAGAUUCAUGCCCUUUCACCACCUCCCCAUGAAGCUACUCUUAACAUCAGAAAUCCCGCAAAUAAAAGCAGGGUGGAAACUUGAUUCACCUUGGCUUAAAUACCUUUACGUUCUGAUGGAAGAGAUCAUCCUGACUUUGGUUAUAGAUGUAUACAUACACUAAAGUUUACUUUGAUCAAUAAGAGCACGCAUUUUUCAUAUCUCUGCACGCAAAUAAAACUCUCCAAAUAUAACGUGAACAAUGCUGCCCACAAUAAAUAUGUUUCAGCGGUUAUUUCUGUCUUUUCCAAUUUUAUAUAUAAAAUAUAUUUAUAACCUCAUUUUGGCUUUUUGCAAUGUCUUCAACAUGUUUCUCAGCACUUUGAUUGUUGUUUUGUGUGUCAAUCAUUUUAAUCUUUGAAGCAUAUUGGAUCCCGAGAAGUCUUAAACCAGCAGCAACGAGAAGUGAAUGCUUCCUCUUGUGGGAGAAUCUAGAACUAGAGGCCACCAUUGAUGAUAAGGAGUCACUCAGUUAAGACUGGUAUUUUUUUUCUCAUACCUGUGGGUUGCGAGCCUAUGGAACUCUCUUCCUUAUAAAACAGUGGGACAGAGUCAAUAUUCUUAAGGCAAAGGUGGACGGGAGUUGAAAGGUUACCAGAAAUGGGCAGGAAUGCAGGCCUCAUGUGAGAGUCAGAUCAGCUCUGAUCUUAUAAAAUGGCAGAGCAAGCUAGCGAGACAGAGUACUUACUUACUCACUUACUUACUUACUUACUUACUUACUUACGGCCUAUUAUGCCUCCUGGCAUGUAGGGCAGCGACGAAGGUCCUCUACUCCUUGUAGAUUCCUUCAGUUGCUGUUUCCGUAACAUAUUUGUUUUACGAGGCAGGGUUGUUAGCCCUGUGCUCAACCUCCAACCUGGAGGACCAGUGGAUCGCUCUUCAUCUCGCCUCUACCCUUCGACCUGUCCAGCAUGGGAGACCCUAACAGGAGACAAAUCUCCCGCUGGCAUAGCUCUAGGGGUCACUGAGACACACAAGCUCCCCGCCUACGACAAGGUUGCAGUCCAACGGGGGGAACGAGACAGAGUGAUCUACCUCUACUCUUUGCUCGUGAAAACCUGCCACAUUUCACUUUGAUCCACUUCCAAUGACAGAAAUCCAGAAAUAUUGAGGCUAGUAUCUCACUCCCAAAUAUUUGCUAACCGUGUCUCUGUCGUAAAUAUACUCCAAAAUAUGUCUCGUGCAUGGAACCUGAUAAAGCUGCUUAAAAGACUCCAAAAUCAGGGGCUGUGCCCCUCCAUCUGUCCAAUGCAACCAGCGAUCAAACCCUUGGUCUGUUGCUGAGGUUCUGUAAAGCACCAAUCAACUUGUCCCCACACAUCUUGUGCAGAUUUCUUUGUCUGCCGCAGGCUCUGACCACAAUCGUGCCAGACCAUAAAAAAACCCUAAAACGUGUGUCCCAUCAGCUGAGGCUAGCCGGUUAAUUUUUCACCAUGUAUAAGUUCUUGAGAGGAAUAGAUUGGGUAAAUGCAUAGCGUAUUUUACCCAUAGAUGGGGAAUCCAGAACCUGAGCACAUGGGUUUAUGGUGAGGAAGAACAGAUUUAAUAGGAACCUGAGGGGCAACUUUUUACAUAAAGAGUGGAAUGAGCUGAGGCCGGUACUUUCUCAAUGUUUAAGAAACAUUUAGACAGAUACAUGGAUAGG